UUGCAUAAUAUAUAUCAUCAAACCUAAAACACAAUACCAAAUUGAAAACACAAAGAUGGGAAAUUCAAUGGAAAAUCUAUUAAUAUCCACGUGUAUAUUAAUUUACAGUGUCUAAAAAAAAACAGAUUGUAACUUUCACCAAACAGGGCAUUUACCUAAAUCAAUCAGCUCAGAAAACCCCAAAAUUUAGAAAAACUAUAUAUACAAAAAAAUUGUUAAUCUGAAUGAGAGUAGUGAUCAUAAUUGUCAUCAUCAAACGAUGAAAUAGAUUGAUCAUCAUCAUCAGAAUAAUAAUCACGACGAUUAUAAAGAUUAUUAUGAUCAAAAGCAAGUCGAUCAUCAUCAUCAGCCUCCGAAGAAGAAGAAGCAGAUAAAGUCUCGUACGUGUAAGAGUAGAAAGAAUCAGAAGAAGGAAGACACAUGAAAGUCCAUAAACAGAGAACGAAACGACUCAAUUGAUGAAUCGGGAAGCAAACAGCUAUGUCAAAAAGCUGCUCUGUAUCGAUCCUCUGCGACGACGGAACCCUCCAAAUCAGUUGCCACGUGUCGGUGGAGACUUCUGCCACCGCCAUAACCAUCGCACUGUUGAACACCAUUACCAAGAUUCUCUCUCUCUCAAGGCUGCGUUGAAUUCGGCGAUGGGUUUUUUUCUUUGGUUGGUUACGAUUUUGACUUCUUCUCGGAACCGUUUCGUGCGUUUGGUAAAGACUUUGUUGUUGUUUUUGCAAGUUGACCGUUUUUUUGUUUUUUGCACAACCACUGUUCACUGGGAUCAGUUUGGAACUUUUAAGGGUGUUUCAUUCGAAAGUUGGAAGUUGGAACCUUGGGCUUAAAAAACAAAACCCACUUUUGAACUUACACUUCUAAAGCCCAAAGUUAAAAUCUUUGGACAGGAACUAGAUUUUGGGUGUAUAAGUUUAAAGUUUGUGUCCUAUAAUAAAGGCCCAAACCAUUACUUGUCACUGAAGAGAGAUGGAGCCACUGAAAUAUCAAAUGGUUGUUUGAAGAUAAGGCCAGAUUGUGAGUGUUGUCUUCUUCUUCUUUCUCUAUGGCUAAACUCUGAAACGUUUUCAGAGCCGUAACAAUGGCUUUGGUUCAUUACAUGAAUGUUUCACGUAGCACUUUUCCUUUGAGUAGAUCUUCAAAGAUUAAUUUGAGCUCAUCUUUUGCUUCUUUGCCACUUCAGUUUCAUAAAAACAUUAAGAGAUUAGAAUCCUCUGUUCCACCAUCAGCUUCAGCUUCAGCUUCACCGGCGUUUCCUAUUGAUGUUGAGUAUCUCCGGCGAGAGUUCUCCGGCCAUGGAGCCACUUUCGAAGAUAUUGGUGAGACAUGUAUUGCUAGACUAAAACUGGACAAUGGGAGUUCAGCGAAUGUGAUGUUGACACGUGGGAUGAUAACAUCGUACAAAGUCCGAGUGUGGCACGGUGGCAAAGUGGAGCUUCUCCACACAUGGGUCGAACAAGAGGAGGAAGAAGUAGUGAUACGAGGAGGUGUUUCAUCUGCAUUUAGAUCAUCAGAUUCUGAUGAAAUCAGUGACUGGAGACUCCAAGGGAUCAGUGGUGAUUCAAAGGAUUGCGUUCAAAUGGAGCUGAGAAGAAGUGACAAGAAGAUCAAAGAGAUUGAACUGAAACAGAUUAUUAGUCUGAGAGAAAACACACUGAGCAUUGAGCUUUCUAUGACAAACAAAGGCAUUUCACCAAUCAAGCUUGAAGGUUGUUCACUUGUAAGUUAUUUGACAGUGAGUACACCAGAAGCUACAUAUGCAGUUGGACUGGAAGGUUCGGAUUUUGUGGAAACGACUCCGUUUCUUCCUCGUUUCGGGGUGGUUCAAGGCGAGAAGGAAGAAGAAAAACCCGGGUUUGGUGGGGAAGAAGAGAGCAACUACAAACAGUUGAAUAGAGAGAUGAGUAGGAUAUACACAUGUGCUCCAAAGAGCUUCACUGUCAUUGAUAGGGUAGUAAUACUUACUAAACUUCAAUUAUAUUUAAAUUUUCUCUGUGGAUUCAUAUGAAAUGGAUUGAUUUCUGCAGGGAAGAAGGAACUCGGUGGUGGUGGGAAGAGAAGGGUUUGAAGAAGUGUACAUGUACAGUCCUGGUUCUAGACUUGAAAGUUACACAAAGUCUGCUUAUGUAUGUAUUGGACCAUCUUCAUUGCUAAGUCCAAUCUCUUUGGAAUCUGGUUGUGUAUGGAGAGGUGUCCUACAUCUUCACAAUCCUAAUUCCUAAUGCAUCAAAACUAUUCUUUCAAGUUUCACCAUCCAAAUGACAUUGGUCAAAACUACACAAGAUUAAUGGGAAGAGAAGGGUUUGAAGAAGUGUACAUGAACUGAUAUACAGUCCUGGUUCAAGACUUUAAAGUUACGCAACCCCCUUAUCUAACCGACGUAGGAUAUGCUUAUUAGAUUAUUCUUAAAUUUCGUCAACACAAGACUAUAGGAAUAUAUGCUAUCUUUUUUUUCUGAGAGAUUGUAUUUUGAAACCGAAAACAAACUAAUUAACGAUCAAAGGAGAAAUCAUGCAUAUAACAUAAAUCAAAUAUUGAACAUAUAUACACAAAUUGAUUGCUUUUUCAGUGGCUCAAUAAGACUUUGUGUCACACUCACA